CCCAUCGUCCGUCGUUUAUUUUUGUGAUUCUUCAUCCUCUCAUCAUUAAUCUUUCUUCCCCCCUCCAUUAUAUACACAAACAUGAAGGUCACCACCGCUUUCUUUGCCGCUGGCAUUGCCAGCCUGUGCUGUGCCUCUGUCGCUCCUAGAGACGAUACGUCGACCAUGCUCCAGCUCAACCCAGACGAAAACUUCCACUUUGAGAUUCUGCGAGCCAUGGCCGCCACGCCCUACGAGGGCGCUGACAUUGGCGACGUCCUCAUGGCUGCCCACAACAUCAAGGCAGGCGACUUUGAGAGCUUCUACAACGCCUUCAAUACCCUUGCCGUCCGCACGGAGAAGAACGCCCGUGCCAUUGACGCCCGCCGGUUCCCUGUCUCCGCACGCCAGGGCCUCUUCAAGGCCUCCACGUACUACCGCUCUGCUGACUUUUACUUGCACGGCAACUGGUCGGAUCCUCGCCUCACCUCACUCUGGGCCAAGCAGCGCAGCACGUUUGACGAUGCCAUUGCCAUGCUUCCCGUUCCUGGAAAGCGCGUCACUAUUCCAUCCAAGGACGGCUCGUUCCAGAUCCCCGCCAUCUUCUACGGAAGCGGCCUUCCUGGCCGUCGCCCAACCCUCAUUAUGUGCAAUGGCUAUGACGGCGCCCAGGAAGAAAUGUACCAUAUGAUCGGCAAGGCAGUCACCGAGCGUGGUAUGAACGCCAUCACCUUUGAAGGCCCUGGCCAGCCUACCGUCCGCCGCGAGCAGAACAUUGGCUUUACGCAUGAGUGGGAAAAGGUCGUGUCGCCUGUCAUUGACUGGGCCAUUUCUCGCCGCGAGGUCGACCGCCAUGCUAUCGGUGCUCUUGGGUACUCGUUUGGCGGAUACUUGAUGCCUCGCGCGGCUGCUUUUGACGAUCGCAUUGCUGCUGUCCUCGCCAUUGAUGGCCUCUUUGACUUUGGCGCCGCCAUCUUGGCCCAGUUCCCUCCUCCUCUCAUCGGCCUCUUCCGCUCGGGUAACAAGGAGCAGUUUGACGAGGUCAUCAAGGGCUCUCUCCAAGACCCCAACACUCCCACUGGCGUCAAGUGGAGCUUGCAGCAGGGUCUUUGGUCCUUCAACACUGAGAGCCCUUACGAGUGGCUUGGCCGCGCCUUGCAGUAUAACUUGACGGAAGUUGCUAGCAAGAUUAAGGCUCCUACCUUUGUUGCUGACGCUGAGCUUGAGAUGUUCUUCCCUGGUCAACCGAAGCAGCUUGCUGAUGCUCUUGGUGACAAGGCUACCCACUACGUCUUCAAGGCCGAGGAUGGUGCCGGCGAGCACUGUGGCAUUGGUGGCUCGUUUUUCCAAAAUAGCAUCAUCCUCGACUGGUUUGAGAACAUUGUUCGCAGACAUUAAGCUCGGAUUUUAUCAUCAUCAUCAUCAUUAUGUACAUACUCGCUUUGCUUGUAUUUGUUUGGGUUCUGGGACAUGAAAACUUGGCUAGCUUUUGACGAACUACUGUAAUUUAUGAAUAUGAAUAUGACCUUGAACGUUUUCAUUUCCCUGUCUGCUUCUGCCUCCCCCUUGUGUUUGAGAACCUUAAAAUUCCCCCUUGUUCUACUGCGUGCUCGAUCUCGAGCCGCCGUCUAGUACACACUCCCCUGCUAGGGAUCGAGAGGCAUGCUUUUCCGCGCAAACCCCCGUCAAGAGACCUCUCUACCCUGGUAAAAACGCCAAAUGUAACCUCAUAUUCAGGAUGCAUGCGCCCCUUUGACUAAAAACUAAACAAGCUGUUGUCCUCCUUGUUGCGUAUUUGCCAAGAUCCGAAGAGAGAGGUCGCGCGGGCCGCCGCCAACACACUUCUCCGGCCCGCGUAGGCGGCCCCUCUUGCCAAAUAGAGUAACUCAUUCCUGCUCUCUACGACGUUGGGGUCUCCGCCAGGACCGAUUAACGUCUGACUGCUUUUCGACCAGCACGAUGAGCCACUCAUUGCACCUGGAUCAAAAUGGGAAUCCUGCGAUCCAACCGAUCCGGAAAAGUCGUGGUAAGGCUUGCGAAAUUUCUCCCAUUUUGUUUGGCCGCUGCUGGAUGCGUAGUUCAAUCCGGGAGGCGCACGGAACGGAUUUGAGGAAGAAGCGCGAAAAAGUGGCGAAUCCCGCUUGUAGCUUGAAGCGCUGCCGUGGCAUCCAAGUCACCAGACUGGAACGAAAGCUGCGCCCGUAGCGAGUACGUCAUGUCGCUGGUGAAAUGAUUCGUCUGUGCAGGCAAAGCCACAUUGCGUACCAAAUGCACACACCCCCCUCGCGAUUCGCGGGUCCAUCCUGUUAAGGUGCUGACUCCGACCAGGUCAUUAGAUGGGGAAAAUCGAUGCGAGAAAAAGAGCGUUCAGUGGAACAGGGGGCGUACAUAGCGUUGCAGCCGCGGUCCGCUUUUGCCAUAGUUUUACAGAAGCUAGUGCAGCUGUGUUGAUGCUGUUGCAUAUCGAGCAGCUAUAGAAGGAAGGUCUACCGAGAGUAACGCCGGGCGUACAUGCGCACUGUGUUUUAGUUUUGCGUGAAAAUCAAAGCUCACAUAAAUCGUUUCGUUGGGUGCCAUUGCAGACUGGUGCUGCAAUGGUUAAUUAGCGGCCAAUGCUUUCAUCCCAGGCUUGAUAUGCUUGUGCCCAUAUUCUUUGGUGGUGACACGGGCAGUCGAUCUUGGUUGACGGGAGAGAACUGUUGCACUGAACUUGUCAGACAAUCUCCUGUUUGGUGAUAAGAAGAUGUUGGUAUAUUUGUAGGGAUAUCGUUUGGAGAAGUGUAAGAUUCGUUUUGUGUCGUCGCAUGCCGUAACAUCAGCUGUCUCAACUUCGACCUCUGAAUAUCGUGCAAUGAAUUUC